CGUUACAGUAGCCAGCACGUCAAGGUAGUUGUGAGGAUGCACAGUGUUAACCCAGUGUUAUUUCAGGAAUCAGUAUGUAAUAAACGAUAGAUCGGAGAUACAUAAUAUGAAAAUCGGUUAUUUACGAAGUCUGAUUAUAGUGAAGCGUUUUAGUUCCUUAAUCAUAUACCUUAAUAUGGUACCCUAUUGAGCUACCAAAAACAACCAAUAAAAUAGGAAUAAAGGUGAACAAAAGGGUAGUAGAGGGGAAACGACAGUGGAACGCGCCAAAAUGUCCGCUUUUUCGCCUUUCCGGAGGGAUGCUAUGCGGAUUUUGCCCUUUGUAUCGCUCUGUGUUUCAAAUGUCGCCGAAUUGUCUGCUCUUCGCAUAUAUACACGUCAAUUUAUCUGAUUUUUCUUCCACUUUCAGCACUUUGGCAUAAUCCAAAACGUCUCAUGUGUUCUCCUUUAUUCCCAGAUCACACUAGACGAAAACUGAAAUCCUUGCAAAAAUGGUACAUGUUUAAAUAAAUUUAUUGAAAAGAAAAGGCGUAACAUUUUACAACAUUAUGAGUAGCUGGUAGAUGCUAGAGCAUAGGCAAUGAUGGAUAUAUUUAUGUGAUUGUGUAUUGGUGGUUUCUGUUAUCUAAAUUUUGAUAAAUUUUUCCUUCAGUCGGGUUCUAAAUUCAUUCUCAUUAGUGAGGAAUAUGUUGGAUCCAAACGAAGAUACUGAAUGGAACGAUAUUUUACGUCAGAAAGGGAUUUUACCACCGAAAAAGAUUGAACCUGAAGAAGAAAUUCCUCUACCUCCAGAUCCAAAAUCUAUUUUAGAUAAAUUGACAUCGGAUGAGUUAGAUGAGAAACUUGAUUUAUUGGAAGAUGGAGAGAUUGAUGAUGAAGAGGCUCGUUUUCUUGAAGAAUAUCGACGUAAACGCAUUGCGAUGAUGCAGGAGGUGGCAUCAAAAUCUCGUUUUGGUAAUGUACGGGAAGUCACCAAAGCUGACUGGACAACCGAAGUGACAAAUGCUGGUGAUACAUUUGUUGUAAUCCAUGUUGGGGAAAAAGGGCAUGGAUUAUGCAGUUUAAUUGACCAACAUUUUCGUAAAUUAGCACAAAAAUUUCCCACAGUGAAAUUUCUUCGUGGUGAAGCUAGCUUAUGUAUUCCAAAUUAUCCAACAAGCAACUUACCAUCAAUUCUUAUCUAUAAAUCUGGUGAUUUGAAAGAACAGUUAAUUGGUCCUGAAGCUGUUGGUGGAAAUACGGUCACUGUGAAAGAAUUAGAAUGGCAUUUAGCCAAACUAGGCGUAUUAGAGUCGAAAUUAACUAAAGAUCCAUCGAAAAGAAUGAAUAUUAAACUGGCUCAUAGUAAUCGUAUCAAACAUAUAGGUGGUGAAUUGUCUGAUGACGAUGAGGAGGAUCAUGAGACUGACGAUGAUGAUAAUUAAAGAUAAUUUCUAAUAGAGCAAUUGAUAUGAUUUUCUUGGCUCAUGCUCAAAAUCUUGCAGUCUUCUUUCCUUUUCGCGCCAAAAUACUAUUUGUAUGUGUAUACUAAGUUAUUGUUUUUCAAUUAUUCUUUCUAUGUUUCCUACAUAUAUUGGGGUUUUCAAUUUUAACAAAUUAUGGAUUAAAUUCAUUCUGCCUUUAAAUUAGUUUGCUUAUAUUGAAUUGAAGUGCUUCGAAUAAUUAUAAUAGGAUUCUAAUCUCU